CAAACAUCAAGCGCAUCAGGGCCAAUUAGACACCCAAUAACAAUUGGCAAUGAUGUAAAGGACCCUUCCCGGGGCCAGAGACACGCCUCGCACGAGAUGAACGCAACGCACAGCCCACAGGAGGACAAGCAUUUCCUCCGGUGCUGGUCACAACAGAGCUGCGGGGGUUGCCUGGACCUAGCCCGCUGCAGCUGGUGUCCAUUCACACAAAGCUGCGUGCCGAACAACUACGCCAUCCCCGCGUUGGCGCCGGCAUACGACGCCAACAUCUGCCCGCACUGGGCCGAGCGCUGGGACCUCAGAACCCGCCCGCUCGGCUGCCAGGUCUCCACCAUCACGAGUCUUACGUCCGUCGUGUCCAUCGUCUCGACGCUGGUUGUCGUCCUGUUCAUCCUGUGGGCGAUUUGGGGUAUCAGAAGGUUCACAAGGUUCAAGAGGGAGAACCCCGAGUGGUUGGGACGGCGGCAGCUUGGUCGGUUCCCGCGCUGGAGAGCCCGGUCCCGCCAGAGGGAAAACGGUGCUCGGGAAGACGACCCUCUGUUAGGUCCAUAAGGCCUUCCUCGAGCCUUGCCCCAGACGCUGGUUCGCUCGCUUCGUUCUGUUCAUAGAAUUGCAUCAGGGGUCAACCUGAGCUCACAGGCGGGAUAAUUGCGACCUCAUCGCCUGGGUGAAUGACUAUUGAACUGCUGUCUUCGCUAUCCGACGGUACAUCGAC